GCCCCGGCGCGGACGGCGGCGGCCCGGGGGGCGGCGUGGACGCCCGCGGCGCCGGCUGGGGCAUCACCGCCGGCCUCGACCCCGAAAUGGCGCUGCUGGCCGAACACCUGCUGAAGCCGCUGCCCGCGGACAAGCAGAUCGAGACGGGGCCCUUCCUGGAGGCGGUGUCCCACCUGCCGCCCUUCUUCGAUUGCCUCGGGUCCCCAGUGUUUACUCCCAUCAAGGCAGACAUAAGCGGCAACAUCACGAAAAUCAAAGCUGUGUAUGACACCAACCCGGCCAAGUUCCGGACCCUGCAGAACAUCCUAGAGGUGGAGAAGGAAAUGUACGGAGCAGAGUGGCCCAAAGUGGGAGCCACGCUGGCGCUGAUGUGGCUGAAAAGAGGCCUCCGCUUCAUCCAGGUAUUCCUCCAGAGCAUCUGUGAUGGGGAGCGGGAUGAGAAUCACCCCAACCUCAUCCGUGUCAAUGCCACCAAAGCCUACGAGAUGGCCCUCAAGAAGUACCAUGGCUGGAUCGUGCAGAAGAUCUUCCAGGCAGCGCUGUACGCGGCCCCCUACAAGUCCGACUUCCUGAAAGCGCUCUCCAAGGGGCAGAACGUGACGGAGGAGGAGUGCCUGGAGAAGGUCCGCCUCUUCCUGGUCAACUACACGGCCACCAUCGACGUCAUCUACGAGAUGUACACCAAGAUGAACGCCGAGCUCAACUACAAGGUGUAGGCGCGUCCGGGGGCCGCUUGUAGCACCAGGGAACCCGAAUCACUGUGAAUCACACCGGCGGGCCUCCCCCCACCCCGCCCAGCCACCCAGAGGCCGGGCCCGGGCCCACUGGGGGCCUGAGGGGGACGAUCAACCCCGGGUUUUUUAAAAGUCAUUUUGGGGGUUCAUCCUAACGGAGCAAUAAAUAACAACCCUACUUCCGAAUCCCCUUUGAAUUUCAUGACAGCACAGACUGACUAUCCCUUCAUUUCAGUGUGGUAAAAAUCAAUUAAUGUUUCUAAUCAAGUCCUAAGGGGUUUCUUUGUUUUGGUUUUGCCCCCACGCAGAGCCUAACUCUGGGGGAGCUGUGUGUCAUACACCUCACUUGAAAAAGAAACGUGUGUCCUUAGGAUCCGGCUGAAUGAUGUUUUGGGUAUUUUAAGGACCAUGAGGAGUUUGAUUUGAAAUUAUACAGGGCCCCUGUGGUGGGCUCUUUUUUUUUUUUUUUUUUUUUUUUUUAAAAAAAAGCAAACUGGUGUGUCUUCUCAUGUGGUUUGCACGGCCCAACCUCACAACACUGUCAUUACAGAUUCUGUCCUUUCUUACUGUCUUUUGCCAGGCAGUGUUUUUAUAGCUGAAACCAACCAGCAAGCCUUUGAUGGCGAAGGGGGUGCGUGUGUGUGUAUUUUAAAGCUAUCAGGCACAAAUAAGUGACCACAGAUGACUAUACUUGCAUUCUUCUGCAUAGUUAUUUUCUUCAGGGACAGCUUUUCCAACCUAAGAAACUGCCUACCAUGUGUAUUCUCUCAAGGGGGAGAGGGUGAAUCCUCCAUCUGCUGAGACCCAAGAAAAAUGCCUCGCUGCCUUAACUGUCCUUCCUGGCGCUAAAAAAAGAGCUGUAUUUUUUAAAGUGUUGGGGUAGAUGAAGCAACCCCAGAAGAAUUGAUGUGUGUGUGUUGAAAACCCAAUGAGGAACAAUUGGUGAUUUUUAUGCAGAAACUAAAUGAUCCUUAAUAAAUAAAUCUCUAUUUUGGAAUCACAGCAA